AUGUUAUACUUACUUGGCAAGCGCACUAAAUACAUACAAGCACAGCACACCACACCACACCACACCAUGCAGCAUACAACACAAAUAAUACUUGUGCAGCAAAUGGAGAGCAAGCUACAACAACAGUGCGUAGUUCAGGCUGUUACCGUUGACGCUGACGGUCCCGCUGGCCCACCCUACGACCUGGAUUCGAUGAUAAAUCAGCUUGUGUAUCCAAAUCCGGUAUAUCAAUUGCAUGCCUCCGCUCUACGUAAUCAAUUGCGUAAUUUGCUACGCGAACGUCAACUAGCUGCCGCCAAUGAAAACGACCAGUCCACCAACUCGGAAGCCGUCGACUAUGACUACCUUGACGAGGACAAGCGCUCUGUAGCUGCUUUGGCCGCCCAAGGUAUGUUACAUCCCAAGCGCAGCUUAGCAACACUCGCCAAGAAUGGACAAUUGCCCUCACUACCAGAUCCUGACGAAGUCGAUCCAACAAUCCCAAACGAAGAUAAGCGUUAUGUGGGCGCUUUGGCGCGCAGCGGUGACUUCGCCAUCUACGGCAAACGCAACAUCGGCACACUAGCACGUGACUAUCAGUUGCCACAGAAUGGCAAGCGCAAUCUGGCUACACUUGCACGACUCGGACUGCUUACCAAAGGCGAUGGCACCAAACGCAAUAUGGCUGCUGUGGCACGUUACAAUUCACACGGACGACAGGCAACCAUUUCACCGGCUGAGAAACGUAAUAUUGGCGCAUUGAAGGGCUCACCGGUGCAUGGCAUACAACAGAAACGUGAUGAGGAUGAGGUUUACUUGCCAGCAAAUCUGUUUGGCAGAGAAGUAGAUUAUGUCGAUGUUGUACCCAACUAUUGGUUGUAUCCCAGCUAUGCUGAUUUGGAUUGGGGUGACUUUGGACGCGCACAAAAACGCUUCUUAGAUACCACCAGGGAUCCCGAACUUUUUGGCAUCGAAAAUAAUCAACCAUCGCCCGAAGCGAAUUUUAUGGCGCUAAUUGGCAGUAUUGAACCCGACAAAGUGCCCAUGGAGGAUGAGAACUCAUUGGAGUUUACAGAGGCACCAGACACUGACCCCCCUUACGGACCGCCACAACAGAAACGACAUAUUGGUUCGGUUUAUCGUUCAGGCUUCUUACCUUCUUAUCGUGCACUACGCAGCACUACUGGCAGUUAUGGCGGCUAUGGGAGCGGCGGCGGCGGUGGCCGCGGCGGUGGCGGUGGCGUUCGUUUUAGUCGCUCUGGGCGCGCGAGGCAAUUUGUCGAAUACUACCCCCCACACGAGCGACUGCGUCAACCCAUCGCAGCCGUUUGUAAACGCUGUUUCCUACCCUACCGCCCAGUAGUGCACUGGGGCGGUGCUGCCGGUAUACGCGGCCGUCAAUCCUUUAAACACUACCCCUACGCCUAUUCCGAUGGUGCGCACAGCAGCAUAGUGAGCAACGCGCUGCCGACAUCGAUCAAUCGGCCACCAAUCGCCUAUGCCUCAACGGCCAACAGCCUGUACGACAACAGUUCCAGCAACAAGAACAACAAGCACAUAAGACGGUUUAUUAACAACAAAAGCGCCUAUCGAGCGCGUACCAGAUCAGCCGGUGCGGGCAGCUCGAGUUUCGGCAAGCAACAACACUGGGGUACACCGCCGCGUAUAACAGCAUUGCAUCGUCGCAGUUUUCGACGACCCGACACGGAUUCCAUGGAAAAUGAUGCUAACUGAAUGCGAAUGAAAAAAAAAUAUUUCGGAAAAAAUACCAAAAAAAAAAAUAAUAAAAAAACAAUACAAAAAUAUACAUAUGACAAUAAUUAUGAUGACAAAGAAAAACAAAAAAAAAAAAAAAAAAACAAAAAAAAAACAUAUUACCGAAGUAGUUGAAAGUUCUUGAAGCACAAAAGAAAAAAAUAUAUAUAAAAACAUAUGUACUCUAUAUACUAAAUAACGAAAUAUAUACGAAUGAGUAAAAUGAGUAUUUUAUUGUAGUUCUUAGGUUAAAAUGACAAUAAUUGUGUAUUUGAAAAAAUGUAAACAAAAAUAAAUAAAAAAAUUAAUAUGAAAGUUUUGCUAAACAAAGUGAAAUGACAAUAAAUGAGAGACAAUAACAACCACAAAAACAAACAAAUACACAAACAAACAUAAACGCACGCACACAAGCGAAGUUUACAAUUGUUGGAAGAAAACUUGUGGUUGAACGCAUUAAUAAAUCAAUUAUAUUAAAAUUUAUGUGUGUCCACUCUAUAGCAAGAAAGUUGGGUGAACUGUAGCGCAGGGGGUGAAAAAAUUUAUAGAAAAAAAAUUUCAAAAACAAAAAUGGUCAUGAGGAUUAAAACAGCUAUGGGGAAGAAAAUAGGAGUAGGAAAAAAUUUCAAAACAUCAGUUAUGAGAAUAAAAAGAACUAUGAGGAUGAAUAUGCAACAAUUUUCUUUGUUUCUUUUUUCAAUCGGCCAUGAAGGUAGAAGCAACUAUGAGGAUGGAAGUAUGAAUAAGAGGAAAUUAAAGAAGAAAAAAAUGGCCAUUACGAUUGCGGCUAUGAGCUUAAAAUAAAAAUAAUAUUGUGGCGUCAUUUUGUCAGUUUCAAACUUUCUUUUGUUCCGAGAGUUAGUGGAAGUGUAGGGGAAAAUUGAAAUGAAGUAUACUUUCAGGGGUAAUUUCUCACAUCUCCAUUUCAAUGAAGUGUAUUUCAUUUUGAUAAGGUUACGACAGCUAGUCAGUGUUGUGAAGUAAAAUAAGUAAACACGCAAGGAAGUGUGGGCAUAAAGGAGCCUGUGUUCUACUUAUGUCGCUUUUUAACUGGAACACAAGCUUUGCUAUAGCGUACAGAUGAUUUCGAGUGCCCUGUCGCCAGACAUCACUGCAUUUUGGUCAGAGUAAUGGAAAAUAUGACCUUAAUUUGAAAUUGCAGCGACGCUAUGCUAGAGGAGAAGUUUCUAAAAAAAAACGACAAGGUAAGGGCCGUCAACAUAGAAGGAGGUGGAUUAUUUCUUUUAAUAUACAGGUGAAAAAAAUAUCAAAAAUAUUAAAAAUUAGGAAAAAACAAAAAUUUUUUUUUUGGAGCUAAAACUAUGCCUGUUUUGAAGUAUUAAGUUUGUUGAAAAUUUAGUGCGAUCAAAAAUGCGACAAGCUUCUAAAAUGCAAUUGAUCAGAUAUUUGCAGAGGUCUGUGCAUGCACAUUGGCUGUGCGGAAGCGCUGGAAAGUCACUGUGUAGUUGCGAUAAGCCUAAACUGC